GAAACAACACUUUCUCUCAGUUUUAUCCGUCUCUCUACUAAUUUCAGAUUUCGGAUUUCAAGCUUUACGCAAAAAUGGUUGUAGCACAGAAACUCAAGGAAGCAGAAAUUACAGAACAAGAUUCUCUAUUACUGACGAGAAACCUGCUUCGUAUUGCAAUAUUCAACAUCAGCUACAUCAGAGGGCUUUUCCCUGAAAAUUACUUCAAUGACAAAUUAGUUCCUGCUUUAGAGAUGAAGAUCAAGAAGCUCAUGCCUAUAGAUGCUGAAUCCAGAAGACUUAUUGACUGGAUGGAAAAAGGUGUUUAUGAUGCAUUACAGAAGAAGUACCUUAAGACACUUCUGUUCUGCAUAUCUGAAGCUAUCGAUGGAUCUAUGAUAGAAGAAUAUGCUUUUUCAUUUAGCUAUUCGACUUCUGACAGUGAAGAGGUGAUGAUGAACAUAAGUCGUACUGGAAAUAAGAAACAAGGAGCAACAUUCAAGUCUAAUGGCAAUACAGACAUUACACCAAACCAGAUGAGGAGUUCUGCUUGUAAAAUGGUCCGAACUCUGGUUCAAUUGAUGCGAACGCUGGACCGUAUGCCAGAAGAGCGUACAAUCUUGAUGAAGCUUCUUUAUUAUGAGGAUGUGACUCCUAUAGACUAUGAGCCUCCAUUCUUCAGAGGCUGCUCAGAACAAGAAGCUAACCAUCCAUGGUUGAAGAACCCUCUCAAAAUGGAAAUCGGAAAUGUUAAUAGCAAACAUUUCGUACUAGCUCUCAAGGUCAAAAGCAUUCUGGAUCCAUGUCAAGAUGAAAACAAUGACAUGGAAGAUGAUGAGGAAAUCAGCUUGGGUGUUGGUUCAACACCAACAACUGAUCCUUCAGAUUCAGAUAGCGAGAUGAGCCAUUCAGCAAAUGAUGACGAUGGGUACAUUGUAGCUCCUGUAGAUAAAGCCCGAUCACGUGAAAACAAUGGCAUGACGGAUCACGAAGAUGAUACACAGGAUGCGGAAGAGGACGAGCAUCAGUUAACACGUGUAAGAGACUGGAUUAGCUCUCGCCACAUUGACAAUGUUGAACUGACUGAUGUUCUCUCUAGCUUCCCGGACAUAUCAGUGGCUCUGACUGAAGAAAUCAUGGAUAAACUUGUAAACCAAAAUAUACUGUCAAGAACUGGAAAGGAUUCUUACUCCAUCAGCAAGCUGAAGAAACCCUAUCAGGCAAUUGUCGUGAAGGAAGAGAUGGAUGUACAAGUGAACCAAGUUGAUGAGGAAGUUCAGCGAGGGAAUGAUGAGGACUACUUGUACUUGAAGGCUCUGUAUCAUGUCCUUCCUCUAGAUUAUGUCACAAUAUCUAAACUUCAAAGUAAGAUGGAAGGAGACGCAAAUCAGGCAACUGUGCGUAAACUGCUCGAUAGGAUGGCUUGUGAUGGAUAUGUGGAUGCCAAGAGCAAACCAACAUUAGGUAAACGUGUCAUUCGAUCUGAACUGACUGACAAGAAGCUACUUGAGGUCAAGAAUGUUUUGGAGAUCAAGUUAUCGGCAAUGGAGAUAAGUGAACCUCAAAACAUAUCAACCUGCGGUGGUCUCCACUCUGUUGGUUCUGAUAUUACUAGAACUCGAGAAAGAUCAGUUGACACUCAGCAGAAUGGGUCGUCUAGAAUUCAGGAGCAACUUGGAAACAACACACCCAUUCGCAGAAAUGAGCCUGCCGUGUCAAGGGAGAGUGGUAUACCAGGGAGCGGUAAGCGAAAUGGUGUGGACGGGAGAGGAUUCACUAACUGUCGUGAGGGUGAUGAUACCUUCUGUAGUCGUCCCAGUCAGGAAAAGCGCUGCAGGAAAACUAGCACGGUGAAAGAGCCCAUCCAUCAAAACAUGAAGCGUCAGAAAUCUCAAGGUGGUGGCGCAUCGGAGUAAUAGAUUAUUGAAAUCAAAAAGAGGAAUCACAUGAAAUUCUGGUGAAUAAAAAUGACCUGGUAACUGAGUUGUGUAUCUGCUUAUUAGACGACUUGCACAGAAUUUUGAAUCAUAUGUAUUACUCGUACUUCUUUCAGUUUCAGAAAAUUUGUUGGUAAUGUAAUUGCUUGCUAAGUAAAUGAAAUAUUUGGCCGCUUAGUAAGUGAAGAUGUAAAUCUGUUUGAAAGCCCAGGGUUGGUUUCUGCUUACAAAAUCAGCUAGACAAGUGGCACCCAUUUGUAGCUGAGUUUUGUUUUUUCUUUCUUAAAUGGUUGUCUCUAGAUAUGUAACAUUCAAUUUGUAGCUGAAUGGUCUAGACGAAGCUUGGCUGGAAGCCUUGUUUAUUUGAUGUCAUUUUCAGAUAUUUCUAACUUUGUGUUCUUUA